AGUGCUUAACGUGUCCAAUAUUCGUACGCAUGUUUCGACACAGUGACAUCCUCUUAUGAUAAUACCCUGUUUCCCCAGAAAAAGACCAUCAAUAUUCAUUGUAAUUAACAAAUUUAAUUUGAAUUAUCAUUCAUCAUGUUGCUAAAUCAUCAGCUUCAGCGAUGCUCGUUCAUCACAAAUGGUGGUUUUCAGUACAAAUCACUUGCCACUUCACCUCAAUGUCACAAGAGACCAACCAUCUUUGCUGUGCAAGCCAAAGCCAUUCCUUCAAGAACCCAAAGGAUAAUGGAGAGUAUACCUGUCAAUGGAGAAGUUGGAGGCGCUGGCGGGGCUUAUUCGUAUAAUGCCUUGAAGAGAUUGGAUAAGCUAUGGUCUGGUAUUUGCUCUGCUCAGGAAGUUGUUGAUGAGCCUAAGCAAGUAGUUUCACGAAUUCCGGGUUUGUUUAGCCAGUCUGAUCUAGCUGACAAGGAAGUUGAUACAUUUGAUGUGGUAGUUUGUGGUGGGACUUUGGGAAUUUUCAUUGCCACGGCAUUGAGCUCCAAAGGCCUUCGAGUAGGCAUUGUGGAGAAGAAUGUACUUAAAGGGAGAGAACAAGACUGGAAUAUAUCGAGGAAAGAGAUGCUGGAACUUGUAGAAGUUGGCAUUCUUGAAGAGGAAGAUAUUGAACAUGCUACAUCUGCAACUUUUAAUCCUAACAGAUGCGGAUUUGAGGGGAAGGGGGAGAUUUGGGUCGAGAACAUUCUCAACCUUGGUGUUUCGCCUUCCAAGCUUAUUGAGAAAAUGAAGACACGUUUUAACUCAUUUGAUGGAGUAAUCUUAGAAGGUCUUGGCGUUUCCAGCAUAUGUGUUUAUGAUGAUGCAGCUAUUUUGCAAUUAGACAGUGGGAAGAGGUUGUCAUCACGUCUCGUUAUUGAUGCGAUGGGGAACUUUUCCCCAGUUGUAAAGCAGAUUAGAGGGGGGAGAAAGCCGGAUGGUUUCUGCCUUGUUGUUGGUUCCUGUUGUCGCGGUUUCAAGGAUAACAAGACAAGUGAUGUUAUAUAUAGCAGCGCUGAAGUAAUGCAGGUUGGGGAGUCACAAGUGCAGUAUUUCUGGGAGGCCUUCCCUGCUGGUUCAGGUCUCAUGGACCGAACUACUUACAUGUUUACCUACGUUGACCCUCAACCUGGAUCCCCAAAGCUGGAAGAAUUAUUAGAAGACUACUGGAAUCUAAUGCCAGAUUAUCAGGGGGUGUCUCUUGAUGAUCUGGAGAUUUUAAGAGUCAUAUAUGGGAUUUUCCCUACAUACCGUGACAGCCCAUUGCCAUCAGCUUUUGAUCGUAUUUUACAGUUUGGUGAUGCAAGUGGCAUACAGUCCCCAGUUUCCUUUGGUGGUUUUGGAAGCUUGACCAGGCAUCUUGGUAGACUAACAAAUGGGAUAUAUGAAGCAAUCUCUGGCAACCUUCUGGACUCAGACAACCUUUCCCUCUUAAACCCAUAUAUGCCCAACUUGAGUGCAUCUUGGUUGUUUCAAAGAGCAAUGUCAGCAAGAAAAGAGUCCUCAGUUUCACCUGAUUUCAUCAAUCAGCUUCUUUGUGUUAACUUUCAGAGUAUGCAGAGGCUAGGGGAUCCAGUGCUUAAACCAUUCCUUCAGGAUGUUAUACAGUUUGGCCCUCUUGUGAAGACAUUAGGGCUGGUCAUGCUGACCAAGCCUCAACUUCUUCCAUCAAUAUUUAGACAGGUUGGCAUCCCAGUGCUUCUCGACUGGUUUGGUCAUUUCACAAUGCUGGGAUACUACACAUUUUUGUCAGUUUUUAUUGACCCAAUUAUUAGUCCGUCGAUAGGUACACUUCCAGACAAAACAAGGUUUAAAUGGAAGCGCCAACUUGAGGCUUGGAAAUAUGGAGCUGGUUUAGACUACACAAUGAGUGCCUCUGAGGAACGAAACCACUGAUGAAACAAUAAAGAUGGAAAAGAUCUCGCUACUAGCUAGCUUUGUCUUGCAAAUCGAAGGAGGAGAGAAAUAGAAUUUCCUGUAGUAUAGCUCUCAUACAAAGUAAAUACUUGAUUCCUGCAGGUUGAAGGAUGAUUUUUUAUAUAUAUAUCAUAGUAAAUGAGUUGAGAUAUAGAGGUUUGUCUUUGUA